AUGGCGGCGGCGAGUAGCAGCGCGCGGGACACCGCGGAGGGGUGGCGAGAUGGGGGAAGCGUCGACGACGGGGGAGCGGAGGUCGAACUGAGCCUGCGGCUUCGGACCGGGAGCAGCAGCGGCGGCGCGGCGAGGAGGAGCAUGACCAUAUUCUACGAUGGCCGGGUGUGCGCCGUCGACGUCACCGAGCUCCAGGCAAGGGAAAUCAUAACCAUGGCGAGCCAACAAAUUCUAACCGAGCAGCAGGACAGCAGCGGCGGCGGCACUGCAGUGGCACAGUGCGGAGCGCAUCAGAAUCCAAGCCAGCCGGCGCCGCAACGUUGGGCUCCAUUGUUGGCUUCACGCCCGCUUCGUCAGGGAGCAGGGGCUGCUGCGCCGGUCACCAGCCAAGCGGCCGCCGCGGGGCUGUCGAUGAAGCGGUCGUUGCAGCAGUUUCUGCAGAAGCGGAAGACAAGGGUCGCCGCCAUGGGUUCGCCGUACGCCGGCGGCCGGCGAGCGAUGCCCUUCUAG